AUGCCUUUAGACUAGUUCUUUUAUUAAAACACAAGAAGAAGAAAAAUAAGAAGACCAUCCUAUCCUAAGUCCUAAACGACAAAUAAACAAACACUAGAUAGAAGAUGAUCCUUCCUUGCAUAUCAACGGUUGUUUUCAUCUCCUCCUCCUCCUAUGUUUUGUUUUUGAGAUAGCGAGAGACAAACAAGGAUCGCCUGAACAGUUGAAAAUGGCUUUUUUAAAAGAAAUCACCAAAGUAACGGCUAUCUACAUGCAGCUGUCGAUCAUCAUGAUGAUCUCCAUCACACAGCACUCAAAAGCCAGGGAAUUACGACCGUCAGAUCAUGGGCUGGAUCACCAGAGCCUGCCACCAAUAGGGGCGAAAUUCCCACCUGACAUGAAAGAAUUCUUUGGAGCAUCUAAUUCAGCGACGAGAAAUUCGAUGUCGCCGUCAACUGGUGUUGCAUUUCCCAAAGCAAAGAACUCAAGCGACGCGUCGUGGUGGAGAACCGUUGGAGGUGGUGGUGGUAAAGGCGGUGGUGAUGAUCAUGUGAGGCACCUGCUGCUGCUGGCAAGUUUGGUGUGUGGGGUCACGGGAUUGGGUUUGUUAGUUUCUUCUGCUGUCAUUUGCUACUGCUUUAUUAGGCAUAAAAACAAACAUUCAUCAUCAGCAGCAACAGAUAAUAAUAGGAGUAUUACUGUAUAUGCUGGUAAGUAGUACUCUUACUUGCUUCAUUGUUUUCCCUUUAAUUUAGUUUGGAGGAGGAGAAGACUUUAUUUUAUAUUUAUAGUUUUGUUUAUUUGUUUGUUGAGUUAGGCUUCCUUUAUUAAAAACGACAGGUGUAGUGUUCAA